AUGGCCCUUGUCUCCACUUACUUUGUCAAGCGUCGUGCUUUUGCGCUGGGCUUCACAGCGCUGGGGUCCUGCACUGGGGGCGUCAUUUUCCCGGUUAUCGUGCAGCAAUGUCUACCCAGCUUAGGCUUUCCAUGGACGAUACGCAUCAUCGGCUUUAUCAUGUUGCUCAUGAAUGCCAUCACCAUCGGCUUGUACCGUACCCGGCUCCCUCCCAGGAAAAGCGGUCCAUUGGUCGACUGGGCGAGCUUCACAGAACUGCCAUAUGCUCUGUACUGUGCUGGUGCCUUUUUCAGUUUCUGGGGGUUGUAUUUCGCUUUCUUCUACAUUGGAAGUUAUGCGCGAAAUGUUCUUGGUGCCAGUUACCAGCAAAGUAUCAAUCUGCUUCUCGUGCAAGUAUGCAUGGGGUUUAUCUUUCGCCUACUGCCGACCUACUAUGCCGACAAGGUUGGUGGGCUUAAUGUUCUUAUACCGUUCGCGUUUGUCUGUGGUAUCAUGAUGUUCGUAUGGAUUAGAAUCAACUCCAUCGUCACCCUGUACAUAUUUGCUGUCAUAUAUGGAAGCGGGAGCGCCGUUAUCCAGGCGCUUUGGCCUGCGGUAAUCGGAAGUAUGAGUCAGGAGAGAGAUCUGAAGAAGUCUGGGGUGAGGAUGGGCAUGGCCUUCACCGUGGUGAGUAUAUCGAGUUUUACAGGUCCGCCACUAGCUGGAGCGAUUAUCCAGAGUCACAAUGGCAACUACACGUAUGCGAAUGUUUGGGCGGGUCUGUCUUUCUUUGUAGGAGGGUUUCUUUUACUUGCUACUAGGGUGUCGCUGGUAGGCUGGGACUGGAAGGCAAAAGUCUAG